AUGGAAACCGCCCGCGAAUCCGACAGGCAAUCCCCAGAAGAAGCAGUAGCUACUUCGCAACUUGUCUCCGAAGCUGUUCACUCUUCGCCUCAGGUCUGUGAUACUCAGACAGACGCACAGAUGCCUGCACCAUCUGCAGACGGUGAAGCUCGUCUGAGCAAUGGGGAAGAUGCAAGUGCGACUAGUGUUCUAUCAAAUCUACCUACGAUUACACUAAGUAUGCCUUCCCCGCCGCCACUGUAUGAUCAGUUGUUUCCACCGCAGGCACCUACAGAGCGAACGCCAGUCAUACAAGCCUCCCCGGAGGCCACAUUACCAGCAGGUGAUCAACGUCCGCAGGAGUCGCCCCAAGCUCAUCAUCCAACGCCAGGCACUCCACCUCAAUGCCCAACACCUACCGCCACGCCCGUCAAUCUUCCACCAGUCCAAAUCGUCCCCCGACCCCAGGGAGACAUUGAUGAGAUCUUCGAAGCUAUAGAAACCAAUAACUUCGACAGUCCCAUCUUCGGGGAAGCAGGUGCGGUAUACCACGACAAACUAACACGACGAGUCAUGCCUAGGACACCAAUGUUCCAGCAUUACAACAUCAUUCCUGAGGUGCCCCAACCGAGGCCUGUAGCUGCUCCGAACGACAGACUGCAAACACCUGAUACACCGACACCUAAGCCCAAGCCUAAGCGUAAGCCUAGGAAGAGGAAGCGCGACGAGACGCCGCAGGAGACAGUCAUCAAGGAGGAAGAUGGGGUAAAGGAGGAGCCGGUAGAGAAGAAGCAGAAGGGUGUGAAGAUUGAAGACGCUGCGUAG